CCCCACGUGCCUUUGCCGCGAUGCCCAAAUUCAAGCGAGACAAGAAAGUUUCCUUAACAAAAACUGCCAAGAAAGGCUUGGAACUGAAGCAGAACCUGAUAGAAGAGCUUCGGAAAUGUGUGGACACCUACAAGCACCUCUUCAUCUUCUCUGUGGCCAACAUGAGGAACAGCAAGCUCAAGGACAUCCGGAAUGGCUGGAAGCACAGCCGGAUGUUCUUUGGCAAAAACAAGGUGAUGAUGGUGGCCUUGGGUCAAAGCCCAUCUGACGAAUACAAAGACAACCUGCAUCAGGUCAGCAAGAAGUUGAGAGGGGAAGUUGGGCUCCUUUUUACCAACCACAGGAAGGAGGAGGUGAAUGAGUGGUUCACAAAGUAUUCAGAAAUGGAUUUUGCUCGAGAGGGGAACAAAGCAACUUUAACCAUGAGCCUGGAUCCAGGGCCACUGAAGCAGUUCCCUUAUUCCAUGGAGCCGCGGCUGAGGCAACUGGGGCUGCCCACUGCCUUCAAGAAAGGUGUGGGGACCCUGCUGUCUGACUAUGAAGUGUGCAAAGAGGGUGACGUGCUGACCCCAGAGCAGGCCCGUUUCCUGAAGCUGUUUGGGUAUGAGAUAGCUGAGUUCAAAGUGACCAUCAAAUACAUGUGGGAUGCCCAGUCGGGAAGAUUCCAGCAGAUGGACGAUGACCUGCCCGAGAGCGCGCCUGAGUCUCAGGGAUAGUCUGAGGAAGAGGACGACAGCUAGAGCCAGGACUAAGGCCUUCCAGCAAGCUCUUCAUCUCCACUGGACCCCCCAGGACUGCUGUCACCACUCUGGAGGGAACAGCUAUUUAUUUUGCGAUGGAUAAAGACAGGGGAGGGUGCUA